AUGGGUACUUUCAGAGUCUGCAUAGUUGGCGGUGGCCUGGCAGGCUCACUGCUGGCCAACGGCCUUAUCAACAAUGGCGUUGACACACUCGUCUUUGAGAGAGACGAGGAAAACCUGAAGAGGGAAGGAUACCAGAUUCGUCUGGGAGAUCCUGCCAUGACAGGUCUGGCCUCUUGCCUCACUGAUUCGCACUUGGAAGCUAUUGUGCAAAGACUCGGGCGAUACUCUGGCUCUUCCAAGACAGCACCAAGUAUCUGCAACACCAAGUUUCAGACCAUCCUGGACCUGUCGGCACUGCCGACCUAUUCCAAGUCAUCGGCCAUCAACCGCGUCGUCCUGCGUGACUUGCUUCUUGACCCUGUAGCUGCUAAGGGGAAGGUCAAGUUCGGCAAGCAAUUUUCACAUUACGAAAUUAUCAAGAACGGGCCGAGUGGGAGUGAGAGCGUCAAGGUGAACUUCAAAGACGGCUCGUCAGAGUAUUGUGAUAUUCUGGUCGCUGCAGAUGGUAGCGGAUCAAAGAUAAACAAACAGAUUGGAGCCAAGAAUAUCGUCGACAUGAAGAAUCAUCUGUCUUUUCUGUCAAAAGGAAAUGCGACCAAGGCACGGCUGCGACAGCUGCCCCCUCGUCUUUUGGACGGGCCAAUUCUGGUGUUUAAGAAUGGCAUCACUCUCUACUAUGCACUUUAUUUGCCGGCUUCUCAACAGAAGGGCGGGAGUCAAGAGCAAGAUGGCGACUUCGAUUUCGACGAGAACCAAGCAUCGUUUUACUGGAGCCUGUCUGUUCCCCGUGAGAUGUGUCCCUUCGACGACCCAAGCGAUAUCCCCGACAAGCGAGAGUUUUGCCUUGACAUCGUUCGCGACUGGGCUCCAGAAUACCAUGUCAUGCUCUCAGCUGGAGCUGAUGAGGAGGAUAACAUCACAGUGACAAUGCUCCGAGCGAGUACAAAACUCUCCAAAAACUGGCGACAGCGACUUCGGGCACGCAAAGGCAAUGCUGAUGAAGAGGGCCACCCACGCGUAUGGCUCGUGGGUGACGCAGUACAUGCCAUGCAGCCAAACAGGCAAGUUGCUUCACGAUCUGUAAAUAGGAAGCUGCUAACAAGAAACAAGGGGAAUGGGUGGAAACCAAGCUAUGCGAGACGUCGCCGACAUGUUACCCGAGUUGCUAGAACUGAACAGGGCGGCCGAAGCAGGCCCGCCACUGAGCACUAA